GCCCGUGGCCCAGUAUCGGAUACAAAUGCCAGUCAUGGUGGAAUAAUCUAUCCAUAGCUUUCUGCCUUCAUUCAACCUUGCCCAGUUGCCCUCAUUGGUAUCUAUCGUCGCUCUCUAUACACACAUCCUUUGUGACACAACUAGCACAGGGAGCUGACUGAAAAGCUAUUACCUUUGUAAUCUUCCAACCGUGAUACCUGUUUGACAAAAUGCCCAAACGAAAUCCUGAUCGAAUCUAACAUUAACAAAUCUUGAAAAUAAAUUGAAAUACUUUCCGUUUCUUUUGGGUUUGUGAUGUUUGCAAGUUUUUUUUUUCUUUUUUCAGCUAGCAGAUAGAUAAGAAUAAUCUUUGCAAAGGGUUUCGUGAAUAACUUGAAAAUAAAUUGAAAUGGCUGAAUCAUCUGAGGGAGAGGAAGAAGGGAAGCUCGUUGGAGGGAACCAGCAGCUAGUUGUGGAUGAUGACCUUUGUGAGAUGGCUAAGAAGGCUGCUUGGAGUGUCAGCUCUUGCAAGCCCGGCAAUGGCGUUCUUUCGCUUCGCGACGACAACCUUGAUACCUACUGGCAAUCUGACGGAGCACAGCCACAUCUUGUUAAUAUUCAAUUUCAAAAGAAAUUAGUGGUUUUAUAUGUGGAUUUCAAGCUUGAUGAGAGUUAUACGCCUAGUAAGAUCUCGAUCCGAGCUGGUGAUGGUUUCCACAACUUGAAAGAGAUAAAAGCAAUCGAGCUUGUCAAGCCAGCAGGUUGGGUGUAUAUCUCACUGUCUGGGAAUGAUCCUCGGGAAACUUUUGUGAAUACUUUCAUGUUGCAAAUAGCGAUCUUGUCAAACCAUCUUAACGGGAGGGAUACUCAUGUCAGGCAGAUUAAAGUCUAUGGGCCUAGGCCGAAUCCAAUUCCUCAUCAAGCCUUUCAGUUCACUUCUAGGGAGUUCAUCACAUAUUCUACUGUGAGAUGAAGCUCAGGAUCUUGUGCUCUCAAGUUGGACAGCAAACCUGUUCACGGAUGUCACGGCCGCAACUUAAUGACUAUUUUACUGACAAUUUAAGUCAUUUGAAUUGUAUCCUGUUAGCCGAGGAUGACUAUUCUUGGUUCCUUGAUGGCUAACUCUCAAGGGUAUCCUGUUCCUACAGCUCUUAAAACGUUGAUGAUGACUUUGGACAUAGAUUGAUAAGCACAAUUUGGUUUGAGGUGUUAGCAGCAAAACCUAAAUGAAAAGAAUAUUAUCAUUUCUAGUUAGCAGUCCCAAGUUAAAUGGUUU